AUGAUUGUUGUUAUUAUGUUUUUUUUUGAUAUUGAUAUUUUACACAGUGGAGUGUUGACUGAAAGGUUUCCAAACCUCCUAUUUCCCUUAUUUACUAUCACAUACAUAUCACAUACGCGGGCUUUUCACUCUACCUCCCCUUUCCCUCCAUUACGCAAGAAAUAA